UUAUCUGGCGAGUCAGUAAAUAUUCGUGAGAUUUACAAUACGCUCACAAAAUAUUGACUAGCCUAGCUUUUAGCAUGGCGGCAGUAUUUCGUUGGCGUACAUUAGCGUGAAAUCGCGGCACGCUUUGUUUGUUGCACAUUCCGUUGCAUUGUCAACGCUACAAAUGCCGUUGUGUUGGACGCGCGCGCAAAGUGCACAGAAAAGUAUCUAAAAACGUGCGAUAUUUGAACGCGGCGCAGAUAACGCUUUGUGUAGGACACUUAACUUUUUUUCCCGUAUUUUUGUUUUGUUUCGUUUGAGAAGAGUGCUACCUACCGCCCAAUUGUUUUCGGUUCAUUGUGUCAAACAGCGUUGAGAAAGAAAAGAAAAAAAUUCUUAAAAAAAAAAAUAACGAAAACAAGCCAUCGGAACAAACGCAGUGACGCGGCACAACAAAGGCUGCCGCCAACAAACAACAAGUAGAUAUACUAAAAAGCCUAUAGCGCUGCGCUUACAUUGAAACAGUAGCUGAAGAAUUAUUGUAUUGCCACAUCACAUCCGCCGCCGCCGCCGCCGCCGCCGUCGACCAUUGUUAUUGACAACGCGCUACUAGCGAGCUACGUUGGGUUUGGCACAAAAGCAAUCGCCGGCAUAGCUACGGCCACAGCCACCAUCGCAUAUAUCACAUUGAGUCGCCAUUGAAAAUUUGUUGCUUUCAUCGCUGACUGUUAACCAACCGCUCGCCAUUAGUCGCCAUUGUUGCUGGUCGGCCCUACAUAAAGUAGCAUACUUCAUCAUCCGUUGCCGCCGCCGUCGCCAUAGCAACCAUGUUGGUACCGCCGGAUAUGCUGGCUGCGCAGACGCGCAUGAUUUAUCAGAUGAAUCGCUAUUGCGCGGAGCGUGUUCAGGCGCGUAUGUUCAAAACUGCCACGGCCAUACGGGAAAUAUGCAAAAUCGUUCAAGACAUUUUGAAAGAGGUGGAAUUGCAGGAGCCGCGCUUCAUCUCCAGUCUGGUGGAGUGUAAUGGCAGAUUUGAAGGCGUCCAAGUGGUUUCACCCAACGAAUUCGAAAUUGUCUUAUAUCUUAAUCAGAUGGGCGUUUUCAAUUUCGUCGACGACGGUACAAUGCCCGGCUGUGCUGUGCUGAAGCUCAGCGAUGGCCGCAAACGUUCCAUGUCGCUGUGGGUGGAGUUCAUUACAGCAUCGGGUUACCUAUCUUCGCGCAAAAUACGCUCACGUUUUCAGACAUUGGUGGCACAAGCGUGUGACAAGAGUAUUUAUCGCGACAUGGUUAAGAUGAUCGGUGAUACAACGGAGGUGAAGUUGCGCGUGCGUGAACGUUUUGUGGUACAAAUAACACCAGCAUUCAAAUGCUCGGGCAUAUGGCCACGUUCGGCGGCACAUUGGCCAUUGCCACACAUCCCCUGGCCACAUCCGAAUAUAGUUGCUGAGGUGAAAACCGAAGGUUUCGAUUUGCUAUCGAAAGAAUCUAUUGUUAUGCAGAAUAAGAACAAUAAUGCGGCCAUGGAAGGCGAUGCGUGGGUGUUGAGCUUCUUCGAGGCGGAAAAUCGACUGUUGCAAGGUGGCUGCCGUCGACGUUGCUUAAGUAUUCUCAAAACCUUGCGUGAUCGUCACCUCGAUCUGCCUGGCAAUCCGAUCACCGCAUACCAUCUAAAAAAUCUGCUGCUCUACGAAUGUGAAAAGCAUCCGCGUGACUUUGAAUGGGACGAGGCGUAUAUCGCUGAUCGCAUCAACGGCAUCUUCCUACAGUUGAUCUCAUGUCUACAAUAUCGACGAUGUCCACAUUAUUUUCUGCCGGCACUAGACAUGUUCAAAGGCAAAUCGCCCAGUUCGCUGGAGCAGGCGGCCAAGCAGGUUUGGCGUUUGACGCGCGAAAUGUUAACCAAUGCAAAUGCAUUUGAAAAACUCUAAAAGCAACAACACAGGUAUACAAAGUGCAUACAUGUAUUUAUUUAACAAGAAUUAAAAAAAAUAAAAUUUAACAAAAAAUGCAAAACGAAAAACAAAUGCAGCACAUUAGCAUUAAAAAGGCAUUAAAUGGUGAGCGAUUGUAGCAAAAGGAAAAGGUUAACAAUGCUUGCAUUUGGAAGUACGAGUAUGUCGAGGUGCUCAACGCUAAUGUUUUUUAUGGAUCGCGCUUUCAUGCGUAUGCAUGUGUGUAUAUUAGGGUGCACCACUCUCCAUA